AUGUCUACACCACUAUCACCGAAGAAAUUUAGUCCAACAAGUCCUAUGAAUUUAUCAAUUUCGUCUCAUCAUUUAUUAUCAAAAAAUGGUAAUAGAAUGACAAAAUCAUGUGAAAAUAUUACCAUUAAUCAAACAAGUAAAUCUACACCAGUUACUCCAGAAUUACCUAAUAGUUAUUUAGGUAAUGCAAUCCCUUUUACUACUAAAGUCAGUCAAGGUAAAACAUCAAGUUCUUUAAUUAAUGAAAUGGAAACAAGAAAUGGAUUUACAUUUAAUUCACCACGUGAAACAUGGAAAGUAUCACGACCAAACUUUGCUACGGUGAGAAAAUAUGAAAAUCGAAAAGUAAUAUUAGAAGGGGAUGUUGUUAAAUAUGCUACAUUAGAAGGGUUAAUUGAUUAUGUCAUAAGUGAGCAAUGUGAUGAAGAAAUGAGAGAUACUUUUAUAUAUACAUUUGGAUGUGUUUCAGAGCAAAAUAUUGUUUUAAAAAAAUUAUAUGAUAAAUAUGUUGAUAAUAUUGGUACAUCAUCUAUAUUAACUACAAUUAGUAGAAUUAUUGAAAAAUGGGUAAAUCAAAUGUGGAAUGGUUGUGAUAAUGAAACAAUUCAAAUAUUACAAUCAUUUAUUUCUUUAUAUAACCUUUCUGGUGACACUAUUGCUAAACAUAAAUUACAAGAUGGAUUAGAAAGAAAAGAGUUUAUUACUACAAUAGUAGAAGAACCAGCUGGAACUGGUAUGAGUUUAUUUACAUCAAUUCCAAAUUUUCUUUUACUUGAUCCUUUGAUGAUUUCACGACAAAUUACACUUAUUGAAUGGGAAAUGUUUAAAGCAAUUAAACCACCUGAAUUAUAUGCAUGGAAUAAAAAAGAUAAAGAAAUAAAUUCACCAAAUAUCUUUAAUUUUGUUCAUCAUUUUAAUUCAAUGAAUGAUGUUUUUGUAAGGCUUUUACUUAAUGCACCUGAUGUUAGUAAUAGAGUUUCUAUUGCAAAACAAAUACUUGAAGUUGGUAAUGGAUUUAUUAUGUUAAAUAAUUUUAAUGGAGUGAUGGAAAUUGCAUCAGCAUUUUCUAAAGCAUCUAUUCAUCGUCUCCGUUUAACAAAAAGAUUUUUAGGAGAAGAUGGGAAUUGUAUUUUUGAUAAAUUAGAAGAAAUUACUCAAAACUCUAAUAAUUUCAAAAAUUUAAGAGAAUGCCACCGUAAAGCAGUUGGUGCAACAUUACCUUAUCUUGGAAUGUUUCUUACUGACUUACUUUUUACUGAAGAUAUGACAAGUUCAGCUGUAAGUGCAUUUGAAUCAGUUCAAAAUAAAACAGAGACUGUGUUAAUUAAUUUAGAUAAAUGUAGAACAUUAAGUAAAGUAGUUAAAACAAUUGUUCAAUAUCAACAAACGCCAUAUUUAAUUAAAAGGUCAAAAGAGAUUUGUGAAUAUAUAGAGGGUUUAAUUCAAGACCCAUUAAUGGGAGAUGAAGAGCAAUUUAAAAUGUCUCAAGAAAAAGAGUCAAGAGAAUUUAUUUGUAAAUGUAAUGGGUUUAAUUUACAAAAAGUAUAUGAAUUUGAACACCAAAGAAAAUAUUCAUUAAUUCAUAUUCUUAAUGGUAAUAAAAAUGAAGAGAAACUUCUGCCAAGAGAAGUUAUAUUAUGGGUGUUAUUACCAGCAGAUGAAGAAUCUUAUAAUUAUCCAAUUAAAAUUAAAGUAUCAUUAGAUACUCAAAUAAAAAAUAUUGUAAAAGAAUUAAGAGAAGAAAGUUAUGAAUUUGUUUUAGCCCCAACUAAAUUACUUCAGGUAGGUGCUACAUUACCAAGUAAAUGUACUGUUGAAGAAGUUCUUUUACAAACUGAAAAUUAUAGAAAUGAUCCUGAAGAUUUUUUUGCAGUUUAUUCUAGAAUUGAUGCAGUAUCAUUAUUAUUUGUUUGCAAAAAAGGAAGUCCACAAUUUAUGUUAAAAUAUAAAACAAAUGUUGAUCCAUCAAAACCAUUAGCUCAUGCCAUUCCUUCUCUUGUUCAUUUAUUUAGAACAAAAGAUGAUGAAUUUGGAUUUCUUCAAUUAGACAAUAAAUGUAAAGCAAUUCAAUGGAUUAACCCAUUUGCUACAGCUUCACUUUGUUGUGAUUUGAGUAAAUUAUUAGUAAUUCCUGUUCAAUAUUUAAGUAUACCUAAAAAUAAAUUAUUAAAACGUUGUGUUCCUCAUCCAUUAAAUGAUACUUUAAUUCAUGUACUUACAUGUUCUGGAUAUAAUUCAAAUCAAUUUCAAUCAAAAAGUUCAUUUGUUACUUAUACUGUAGUAUAUUCAGAUGGUUUCUUAUUCUUUUAUAAAAUUAAAAGAAAACCAUCAUUAAUAUUAAAUAUUGGUUAUUAUCAAUUACGUUUAGUAUUUAAUCCAAAGACAAAAACACCAAGUAUUCUUUUAACAAAAGCAAUUCAAAUCACUAAUCAAGCAAAAGACGUUCCUACAUAUGCAUUAUUAACUGAUGAUAUAGAAAAUACAAUGAGAUGGUAUCAUACUUUUUGUGGAGACUGUUUAAGUAAUGGAAAAAAGAGAAUGCUUGGAAUGGAUAUAGAUGAAGUAGAAAGUGGGUUAUAUGAAUGUCUUAUUGAUUCAUUAUAUCUUUCUCCAAAACUAGCAUGUAAUCAAGAAUUAUUUGAUAUAAAUUUACUGAAUAAAAUGGAAAUUAUUAAUGAUUAUGAAGAAAACCAAAAUGUUUAUUCAUUUACAAUAAAAGAAUUGUCACAAAUUCUAAUUGUUUGUCUUGAUCUUCUUCCAUCACCUUUUAUAAAUGAUAUUCCAAAUCAAUUAGUUGAUAUUGAUGUUAUUGAAUUUAAUAGUACAAGAAAAAAAAGAAUUGCUAUUGGAAUAGCUAAAGUAAUGAUGAAAUGGUGUGAUAGAAGAAUUAAAUUAUUAGAUAAAGUAAGUUGUACAUUAGCAAAAGCUUAUUUAGGAGAUAGAAAUAAAACAAAAGAAAUAAAUGAACUUUUACCUAAAAUUGAAAAAUUAACAAUACCAAUAGAUGAAAAUAAAGAAAAAAGAAGAAGAGAAUGUUUAACAAUAAGUAUUCUUAAUGAAGAAAAUUUAAAAUUACUUCAAGACACUAUUAGUGAAAUAUUAAUUGAAUUAAGUGGAAUUAGAAUUAUAGAAGAAGGACAAAUUGGAAAUAAACAAGUUAGAAAUAAAUAUAUGAAACAUAUGAAUAAAGAAUCUUGUCGUCAAACAAUGAAUUUAGAUAGUUCAGGAAUUCCUGAUAAUAUGAUUAAAGUUAUUUUUAAAUCAGAAGAAGAUGAAGGAGAUGAACCUAUUAUAGACGAAACUAUUAAUGAAGUAGAGUCUAUUGUUUCAGAACCUAUUCCACAAUUAGGUUUUGAAAAUGAAUUUCUUUGUAACUUUCAUGAAACUUUAAAUCAAGCUAAUCCAAAUUUUGGUUCAUUUAAAAAUUCUUUAGAUUUAUUUAAAUUACAUUCUCUUCCAUCAUCUUCCGUUUCUAUUAAUACAUUCAAAAGAACUAAAGACAUGGAAAGUCCUAGACAAACUGCAUUAAAAGGAUUGUUAAUCAAAAGAAAUAAACCAUUAAUGUUACCAUAA